AUACAUCUGUGUUUGUUGUAGAGUGUGGAGAACCUGGACUACCUCGUUAGCUGUGUUAACGGCCUAGAACGGGAAGAUGUUAUUUACCUCGAGGAAUAUUUAGUGUGUGACGACAGCCUGGGGUCACAGUCACCCGGCUACUGGGCGUCGCUGAGAGAGGAGAGACAUCCGCCGGGUGAUGGGGCAUGUGGUGUGGUGGAUGAGAGUGGAUUCGAGGAGGUUAUAGAUGGUGGUGGUUCAGCUGCUGUUUCUGAAAGGAGGGGCGGUGACAGUGGUGAGGUCAUCGUGAGGUCACCGCCAGCCGUCAGGUCAACACGUGGGGUCACCAAGCCAAAAUUUGUCUCCUACGAAGUCUUUCCUACGACUAAAACCAAAGAGAAGCCGUUCAUGUGUGAGCUGUGCGGGCUGCGAUUGGCCACGAGAGAGAGCCGUAGACGUCACAUACUCUCCAAACACAUCAAGGAACGCACCAAUGUGUGUGGGGUGUGUGGCAAGGCCUUCAUUUUUAAAUUCGCUCUCAAGACACACCAAGCUGUACACUCAGACACCCCAAGCUUUAUCUGUGUGUGCGGGUCAUCGUUUAAGCUGCGGUCAUCGUAUAUGGAUCACGUGAGGAGAAUACACCGGGCCGCCUCAGAGAUGACUUUUAUGUGCGAGCUGUGCUUUAAAUCUUUUGGGGAUCGACACACCCUGCGUAUACACCUGACCUCCGUACAUAAGCCCAAGACAAUACCCUGCACGUUCGACGGCUGCGGAAAACUCUUCUCCACGACUGGCCUCAUGACCUCUCACUAUAGGUACCACUUAAAGCAUAGGUUCACCUGUGUAGAAUGUGGACAAACGUUUAGUACAGAGUCGUAUAUGUACAAGCAUAGAGACACCCACUCAGGUAUCCGUCCCUACGUGUGUACUGACUGCGGCAAGACGUAUCUCAGCACAUCUCACCUCAAUAAGCACCGCAGGGCAGCACAUUCCACCCUGAGGCCGUACCAGUGUUCUUACUGUGGCAAGUGUUACAAGGGCAAAGAUCAGCUGACUUACCAUGAGAACAGCCAUAGGGGCGAGAAACCAUAUCAGUGUAGCGUGUGCGGUUAUGCCACGGCGUACAGACACACAUAUUACGUACACAAGAAAAAACACUUGAAACCCUCGCUCGGAGAUCAGAACGCCAAUCAGGACGACGGGUUGAGCAGCGUCGUGAAAGACCGUAAGCCAAUCAGGAAACAGGCGGAGGGAGAUGGCGACGCUACCAAGACGUCGACUCUACGUAAGGUUAAAAGUAGAGUUACAGUUUCCACCAAUAAGAAGCAGUUAGGUAAAGUCGUUGAAUGUCAGGUGGAGUCUGUGCCGACGGUUGUUAGUCAGUGUACGAGCGUUGGAGGGAGUAAGGACGGUAACGAGUCGUCGUUUGCGUCCAGUUCGCUGCCUCUGAGCGUCAUCUACGUCGUGUCAGCAGGAGGAGGCGUCAACGGGGUGGUUCAGCAACAGCAGUUAACUCUCCCGGUUAAAGACGGUUCCAACGCCAUCUUAAUACAGUCUGGUGGUGACGGUCAGGAUGUUUCUCUUCCCAGCUGCGUCCAGUCUGGGUCUAACCACCAGACGCUAGUUCACCCCCAGGACGGUACUCACCAGACGCUCGUUCACCCCCAGGACGGUACUCACCAGACGCUCGUUAACCACCAGGACGGUACUCACCAGACGCUCGUUCACCCCCAGGACGGUACUCACCAGACGCUCGUUCACCCCCAGGACGGUACUCACCAGACGCUCGUUAACCACCAGGACGGUACUCACCAGACGCCAAUACCCCCAGGACGGUACUUACCAGACGCUCGUUCACCCCAGGACGCAACCACCAGACGCUGCUCACCCCCAGGACGGUACUCACCAGACGCUCGUUCACCCCCAGGACGGUACUCACCAGACACUCGUUAA